UCGAGUCUCAACAAUCAAAUUGUCCCUAGAAGGAGAUUUGAUUGUGGGCACCAGUCAGGCGAAGGACAUUAGUAGCACCCAUUCGCCAAAAAGUACCGAGGUCCAUUUGAUCACCAUUAGGUAUUGCAUUAUUGUGCUGCGCCCACGGUUCACUGCCGUCCUGUCGUCUGGGGAAUCCUCCACGGCCCAGUUUACCGUCCGUGUGAUCCUUUUGUUAGCCAGGUCUUCAAAACCUCGACUCUUCCUCUUCCAUCGGCGCAUACUACACCUUCAUUCCCUUCAAUUCUAUACAGUCUUUGAUCAACAUGGCUCCUCCCCGCGUUAUUGUUGUCGGUGGUGGCCUGUCCGGUCUCAGCGCCGCUCACACGGUUUACCUGAAUGGUGGCAACGUUGUUGUGCUAGACAAGAACAACUUCUUUGGCGGCAACUCGACCAAAGCCACCUCCGGCAUCAACGGCGCCCUGACAAGAACCCAAGUCGACCUCGGCAUCCAAGACAGUGUCAAGCAAUUCUACGAGGAUACUCUAAAGUCAGCUCGUGACAAGGCGAGACCAGAUCUCAUCAAAGUCCUCACAUACCAGUCUGCAGCUGCCGUCGAAUGGCUGCAGGAUGUCUUCAACCUCGAUCUCACCCUCGUUUCUCGACUUGGUGGUCACUCCUUUCCCAGAACGCAUCGAGGCCACGAUGCCAAAUUCCCUGGUAUGGCCAUCACAUAUGCUCUGAUGCAACGCUUGGAAGAGCUCACCGACUCGGAUCCGGAAAGAGUACAAGUCAUCAAAAAGGCCAAGGUCACGUCGCUGAACAAGGAGGGAAAUACCGUCACCGGUGUCACUUACGAAUUUGGUGGCGAGUCACACUCUGUUGAUGGUGUUGUCGUUCUUGCGACUGGUGGUUAUGCUGCCGAUUUUGGAGAGACCUCCCUACUCAAGAAAUGGAGGCCCGAUACUUUCGACCUUUCAACGACCAACGGCACACACGCAACUGGUGACGGUCACAAGAUGUUGAUGGCCAUUGGAGCAAACGACAUCGAUAUGGACAAGGUCCAAGUACAUCCUACUGGUCUAGUUGAUCCUAAGGACCCCGGCUCCAAGUGGAAGUUCUUGGCUGCUGAAGCCCUGCGAGGUGAAGGCGGUGUUCUUCUCAACAACAAAGGCCAACGUUUCUGCGAUGAUCUGGGGCAUCGUGAUUACGUCUCUGGCAAGAUGUGGGAAGAGAAAGAGAAAGGCAACUGGCCCAUCCGUCUGGUUCUCAACUCCAAGGCUUCGAAUGUUCUCGACUUCCACACCCGACACUACUCCGGUCGUGGCCUGAUGAAGAAGAUGAGCGGCAAGGAGCUAGCCAAAGAGAUCGGCUGUGGCGAGGAAGCCCUCGACAAGCAAUUCAAAGAGUACAACGCCAUCUCCAAGGGAGAGAAGAAGGACGCUUGGGGCAAGAAAUACUUCCACAACUUGCCUCUGGAAAUCGAUGACACUUUCCACGUCGCCCUGAUGGAGCCUGUCUUGCACUUUACUAUGGGUGGUAUGGAGAUCAACGACAAGGCUCAAGUGCUUAACCACGAGAAGGAACCAUUCGAGGCUCUCUUUGCUUGCGGUGAAUUGGCUGGCGGUGUUCACGGAGCAAACCGACUUGGUGGUUCAUCACUGCUUGGCUGCGUCGUCUAUGGCCGUGUCGCUGGUGCGUCGGCGUCACAGUACUUGUUCAAGAAAUUGACUUCUGGUGGUGCCGGUGGUGCCUCUCAACGUCUCGGCCAGAUUUCGCUACACAUCGAUCCCAGCACCCCAGGAAAGAUCUCUGUAGAGUGGGGAAGUGGCGGUUCGGGUGCGUCUGCUGAGAAUGGUGCUUCUGCCAUCGCACAGCAGUCCCAAAAGAGUGCGGCACCUGUGAUGGAUGGCAACAAGAGCGAAGACCCUGGCAAGAAAAAGGAGCCCAACAGUAUCGAAAACUUCAAGGUUCCUGAAAAGGAGUAUUCUCUAGAGGAAGUUGCCAAACACAACAAGAAGGACGAUCUGUGGAUUGCCGUCAAGGGUGUGGUGAUGGACGUUACGAACUGGCUCGACGAACAUCCAGGUGGUCCUCAAGCAUUGUUCAGUCAUAUGGGUAGAGAUGCCACAGAAGAAUUCGAAAUGCUACACGACGACGAAGUGAUUCCCAAAUAUGCUGCCGAUAUUGUCAUUGGCCGUGUCAAGGGUCAAGAAGUACGGCUAGAAUAUUAAGGAUGAGGUCGCGUGCUUGGGUAUAGCGUGUUUGUUCUUGCGCCGCAGUUGAAGGGGAUGAAAUACUGUAUCAUGACCUUGCCAGUAUCAGUUUCAGGCAGAACCGAAAACAAUACCUUACGAUAUACCAUAUGCCAAUAUAUGGACAAUCUUGAUGAGGCCAUUCUCUGAAUUCGUUUCUGCUGUGUGUGUCGCAUGCAUUCCUCCCGCAGGCAGUUGAAAUACCCGGCUCCACUUUUUCUGCCACCACCCGCGCUUCUCCAC